CGCGCCGAGCUCACACUGUCAGUCAAGCGUCUCCAGAGCAACAGUAUUACAGACCCCCAGUUUCCGAGGCUCAUUAUUGUGUACGGAAAGUCCAGCAUCUGCAGCCUGUGAAAACCAUGAACCUGAGCCCGCCUGAACACAGCAUGCACAAGCCGAGCGACGGCUGCAUGGAGGACAGUAAAGCUGAGCACCUGCUCCCCUGCUACCACAGAAGCACAUUCGACGGGCCUCUGGCUUCCUACCACAGCGGCUCCAUCAUAUCUCACCUCCUGCGUAAAACCAUUCAUAAUAAACUGAGCUCCCUGGACAACAACCUCCUUUACCUGCCCUCCGCAAACACCAGCGGGCUCGAUCCCGAGUCCAACAACGAAGACUUUGCUCAAGACGAUCAAAGCUGCAUGUCCUUCAAAGACGAGGAUCUGUCUGUAAACGAGCACCUCCAAGCCAAACGCGCCCGGGUGGAGAACAUCAUACGAGGCAUGGCUGCUUCACCCAACAGCAGGUCUCACGGAGGAGCGGAGGGCGAGAGCGAAGCCGUCCGCUGCAGAAGAGACCUCCUGAAGGAGAACAAACGCAAGCAGAGGCUCCCGCAGCACCAGGAGCCCAGCCAGUCCAACACCAAGACCAGCAAAGACCAGGAGUGCCACAGACUCAAGGAGCAGCUCCAGAGCAUGCAGCGGCUCCUGCAUCAGCUCCAGGAGAAGAUCUCGCACGUGCACGACCAGAGUUACUCGGAGAACGUGGAACGGGAAGAUGCGAGGUCAGAGCACGACGUCCAGCACAGUUUGAAGAUGGACGGUGGCGCGACGCACCACAAAGAACAAGUUAAAGUGGAAACGGGGGGUUUCAGCUCCGACAGGGCGGUGAAGAACCUGCAGGAGACUCUUAAAAGCGAGCUGACCAGGACUGUGAGUGAAAGUGUUGAUAUGGUCUUCAAGAAGCUCUCCAUGACUCUACUAAACCAGUCGCCCCGUGCACAGCCGUGCCACAGUCCGGAGUACUCUGAGACCGAGAAGCAGAUCCCAGAUGAUUCCCCUUCAGAGCUGUCGGACUCUGAUGAAAGCAUUAAAGCCAGUUCUGUGGAGCACUUUGAGAGCAACAGCCCGGAGCACCAGACCGAAGCCUUGUCUCUAGUGGUCCGGAAGCCUUCCCUGAGCCAGGCUGUGAAGAGACCCUACCCGCUGCACCAGAUGCCCUUCCAGUUCGGCUACAGCGCUCCUCUGCACGACAGCCAGAUCCUGGAGCACCUGCUGAAGUACGGCCCUCACUCCUCCUUCUCCGCACUGCCGUGUCUGCCGGCGUCUCUGGAGAGGUCCUCGCCGGACUCCAUGGAGCGUGCGUGGGACAGCGUCGGCAUGAGAUCCAAGCUGAGCUCGGGGCAUCACCAGACGGGACUGGUGUCGGUGGACGCGCUCUGCCUGCCGCGGGUCAAGAUGGAGUGUGGAGACCUGCAGAGCUUGGCUGAGAGGAGCUCCUUCAUGACCCUCAAUAUCCAGGAAGGUCUGAGCCCAAACCACCUGAAGAAAGCCAAGCUGAUGUUCUUCUACACACGCUACCCCAGCUCCAAUCUGCUCAAGAACUUCUUCCCUGAUGUCAAGUUCAAUCGCUGCAUCACGUCUCAGCUGAUCAAGUGGUUCAGUAACUUCAGAGAGUUCUACUACAUCCAGAUGGAGAAGUUCGCUCGCCAGGCCAUCGUAGACGGCGUGAAUGAUGUCAAAGACAUACUCGUCACCAGAGAGUCAGAGCUCUUCCGUGCCCUCAACAUGCACUACAACAAAGCCAACGACUUCCAGGUUCCAGACAGAUUCCUGGAGGUUGCUGAAAUCACUCUUCAGGAGUUCUACAGUGCCAUUGCCCUCUCCAAAGACUCGGACCCCUCUUGGAAAAAAGCCAUCUACAAGGUCAUCUGUAAACUAGACAGCGAUGUUCCUGAGGAUUUCAAAUCACCUUCCUACCUGUAAACAGAGAGCGCCACCUGCAGGACACUUUAUGUGUGGCCACACACCGUUUGUUUAUCAUGAGUAUCAAUCAUAAAUAUUCCCUUUUUAUAAGUGGAUUGUCAGCUUUAUAUAAAAAAAUCGAAAUGUAUAUUCAAAGCAUUUUGCUGUUGGCUGAAGUGCGUGUGUACGGCAGCAAGUUUUUUCAUGUUGUCUGUGGAAUAGGCUUGUUUAUUUUUAGUUUGGAUUUUGAGUUUUAAUGUAAUAUAUUUUGAUUUCAUAAGCCACUGUUGACAAAUGUGUGCUGUGUUUUUAGUUCAAAUGCUCCUGGUUAUGAAAUGGAAAAGUAGUUAUGAUUUGUGUUUUAAUGUGGAUUUGUCUGUUGAGUUUCCUCUGUGGAGUAUCUCAUGGAACAUCUGUAAUAAUUAUAUAUAUAAAAAGAUGUAAAUACGUGUAAUUUAUAAUAGGUGGAAUAUUGACGUUUACAGAUAAAAACAUAAUAUUGCAUGUAGAAGAAGUUCCCUCAAAUAUUGAAAUUAUACUUAUUUAUCAUGUACAUUAGUUUGCAUAUUAUUGUUUAUCAUUCUAGCAGUGUGUUGGUUUUCAUUUAAUAAUAAAAUAUUCAUAUUGUA